UGAUCUUAACUGUGUGAACUCUGUCUUCCCUUCUAAUCCUUAGGAUGUUAAAACAUUUGAAACCCCAACGGCUAGUUUUCAGUAAUAACCAUCAGUUAAACGACCGAUCAACUGUUUUAUUCAGCUUUAAGACAGAACAGUCUGGCAACGACCAUAUUAGUUCCUUAUGCAAGCAAAACCUGUUUAAGGAAGCUCUCCAAGCUUUUGAUUACUUUCAUAGCAGAACCCAUUUCCGGGUAUACCCCAGUACUUAUGCCCAUUUGAUCUCUGGGUGUUCGACUCUAAAAUCUCUUGAUUAUGGUAGAAAGGUCCAUGAUCAUAUUCUGAGUUCUGGUUCUCAACCAGACAUUAUUCUUCAGAAUCAUAUCCUCAAUAUGUAUGGGAAGUGUGGGUCUCUUAGAGAUGCUCGGAAGGUGUUCUAUGAAAUGCCUGAGAGAAAUAUGGUUUCUUGGAGUUCAAUGAUUGCUGGGUAUUCACAGAAUCAUGAAGAGGAUGAUGCGUUGAAAACAUAUCUAGAAAUGCGACGAUCAGGUUUUAUGCCAGAUCAGUUUACCUUCGGAAGCAUAUUAAGAGCGUGCUCGGGUCUUAGUGAUGUUGAGCUAGGGAGGCAAUUGCAUGCCCAUGUCUUGAAAUCAGAAUUUGGGUCUCAUCUUAUUGCACAGAAUGCUCUUGUUGCAAUGUACACAAAGCUUGAUCGGAUUGAUGAUGCAUCAGUUGUCUUUGAUAAAAUUGCAGAAAAGGAUUUAAUUUCAUGGAGUUCGAUGAUUGCUGGGCUCGCUAAGCAGGGCUUUGAGUUUGACUCUUUGUGCUUUUUCAAAGAUAUGCUUUCUAUGGGUGUUUAUCGUCUGAAUGAAUAUAUUUUUGGAAGUAUUUUUAACGCAUGUGGCAGUCUUUUACAGUUGGAAUAUGGUAGGCAGAUACAUGGGAUGGCUAUAAAGUUUGGUCUUGGAAGAGAUGCCUUUGCAAAUUGUUCACUUAGUGACAUGUAUGCAAAAUGUGGUGGUUUUGAUUCUGCUAGAACAGCAUUCUAUCAAAUAGAGAGGCAUGAUUUGGUUUCAUGGAAUGCAAUUAUUAAUGGGUUUUCUUAUGGAGGUGAUGCCGGGGACGCCAUGUCAUUCUUUUCUAGAAUGAGGCAUUUGGGAUUUAUUCCAGAUGAGAUUACUGUUCGUUGUUUGCUUUGCUGUUGCACAAAUUAUGCUCUGCUGUAUCAAGGUCAACAGUUACAUGCCUACAUUAUUAAGAUGGGUUUCAACUUGGAUGUACCUGUAUGUAAUACUCUCAUUACCAUGUAUACAAAGUGUUCAAAUCUACCUGAUGCAUUCAACAUCUUUAAAGAUAUGCAUGCCACUGCAGAUUUAGUUUCUUGGAAUUCAGUUCUUACUGCGUGUAUGCAGCACAAUCAGGCACAAGAAGUUUUCCGAUUACUGAAACUUAUGUUUUUUUCUCGAAACAAGCCUGAUGAGAUCACAUUGACUAAUGUGUUGGGUGCUUGUGCGGUUUUAGCGUCUCUGGAAAUAGGGAAUCAAGUACAUGACUAUGCUCUGAAAACAGGUUUGGAGGCUCAUAACUUGAUUGCGAAUGGAUUGAUUGACAUGUAUGCCAAAUGUGGAGCCCUUGACAGUGCUAGGAAACUGUUUGAAUUUAUGAGCAAUCCUGAUGUCAUCUCAUGGAGUAGCUUGAUUGUUGGGUAUGCUCAAUUUGGGUACGGAGAGGAAGCUCUCAAACUCUUUAGAACAAUGAGGCAUUUAGGCAUUAAGCCGAACCACAUCACAUUUGUUGGAGUUCUUUCUGCAUGUAGUCAUGUUGGUUUGGUUGUGGAAGGGUGCCAGUAUUUUAGAUCCAUGGAAAUUGACCAUGGGAUUGUACCAACAAGGGAGCACUGCGCUUGUGUGGUUGACUUGCUUGCACGUGCUGGACACCUUAGAGAAGCUGAGAACUUCAUCAAUCAAAUGCCGUUUGAUCCUGAUAUUGUGGUCUGGAAGACGCUGCUUGCAGGAUGUAGGACCCACCGGAAUCUGGAGAUUGGAAUGCGAGCUGCUGAGAGCAUUUUGAAACUGGAUUCCUCCAAUUCUGCAGCUCAUGUGCUACUCUGCAACAUCUAUGCUUCAACGGGUAGCUGGGCUGAUGUUGCCAGAGUGAGGAAAAUGAUGAAAAGCAGGGGUGUUAAAAAGACUCCAGGCCAGAGCUGGAUAGAGAUUAAAGACAGUGUCCAUGUUUUCUCGGUAGAAGAUAUAUCACACCCAAAGAUGGAAGAGAUAUACAUUGUAUUAGAAGAAUUAUGGUUGCAGAUGCUUGAAGUUGGUUGUCUUCCUGAUCACAGAUUUGCCUCUGGUGAAUCAUUGACUGAGUAGAGGUGGGAAAAAGGAAAAAGGAGAAGAAGGAGCAGGUUUGACUUUGAUAGCAGCCUCUUUCGUGCAAAAAUGCUAAAGCUUAUAACUGUCUUCAGUCCAUCCUUCCCAGCACCCUGCAAUAGGAAGACCUGCACCCUGAUAAAUGCAGGAAAGGAAUAGCAGGGAGGACAGGGGAAAAAAUCUAUUUGAAUUUUAAACUCCUUUAUUCUUUGGGAGAUGUGAUACUUUGACUCGGAAACCUUUCAGACGCACUUGGGCUUCCUCUGGUCACAUUGCAAUUUCUCAUAAUCAUUCAAACCGUCAUAUGUUCUAGGACAGUUGGAGAUCAUAUGGCAGAUGUACUAUGAAUUGGCGAUUGUGUGGAUCUUUGAUCGAUCAAUGCAUUAGAUCUGAAUUUGGUUCAGGGCUACAAAUAGCAUGUAGUUGAGUUUUGGGUUUCCA